AUGAUUAAUAGCCUUAUUUCAGUACUCUUGCUUGUUCUAAUAUUUAAAAACCUUGUAGAGCCCAUAAAAAAUAAAAAUAAGUAUCCCUAUAUACACAUGCAUAAUAAUGUUAGUAGAAGCAACAUCGUCAAUAAAGAAACCAGAGAAGCUUACCAUAGUGGCAUAAAAGGGUCGAAGAACCUUUUUUAUGAGAAUCAUAGGAAUAAGUAUGUUCCGCUAUUCAUAUCCAAGGGAACAGAAAUAUUCAACUCAUUUUUUAAAAAUAAAAAAUCGAAGAGUAUAGAUAACUCAACAAGAAUUUCUAAAAAUGACUCGAAGAGAUCUUCCUCUUCGCUUAAUGAGAACAAGUCUACGCCUGACAUCGACAACAGCUUGCCAAACGAGCAAAAAUGGGAUCAAAAUAAGAGCAUCAAGAAGAAUAAAAUUCCUGGUAUGAAUAAACAAAUUGAUAAAAAGUAUUUUUAUCGUGACCCCCAUGUUAAUACAUCUAUCAACAAAAACGAUCGCAUUGAUGAUGCUGAUGAUGCUGAUGAUGCUGAUGAUGCUGAUGAUGCUGAUGAUGCUGAUGAUACUGAUGAUGUUGAUGAUGCUGAUGACACAGAUGGCACAGAUGACAUAGAUGACACAGAUGACAGUUUUAUCAGUGUCAUAUCGAAUGAUGAUUACAUUAUGGAUUUUAGUUUGAGCGAUAAAUAUUACACAAAGGGUAUGAUUAACGAAAGUGGUACUAACAACAGUGGUGAUAAUUAUUUGAAAAAGAAAACUAGCUAUAAUUUAAGAGACAAGUCAAACAUUAUCUUCUCACAUUUUGAUGCAUUCAACGGGAAUAUCAGACAUAAAGAGAACAUGGAACACAAUGUAAAUUACAUGAUGGGUCUGAUUAAGGAUUGUGCAUCCAUAAAAUCAGGGAGAGAUAAUAUCAUUCCUUAUGACCAAUCAGAAAAUGUAUUAAAUGAUGGUAGAAGAUUACAAAAGACUAUUCUAAAAAAUAGGAAGAAGCAUUUAACUAGAUUGUACUAUAGCUUUAAAGGAAAGAACGAUUCCCUCGCACUAAAAAGGGAAGAUCAUGCAAAUGGUGAUGAAGAAGAGCUCCAUGUAGAUCAGAUCAGACAACAGGAUUAUCAACAUGGGAAUGUCAAAUGUCACACCAGCAAAAAAUUAUUGAAAAAACCUGGUGUGUUGGUAAACCAUCCUCCCGAUCAGCAAGAGGAUCGAAACUUACUCAAAGACAAAAGGGUACACAGAGAGAAACGUAAAGAGCAACAUGGAGAGCAACAUGAAGAGCAACAUGGAGAGCAAUAUGAAGAGCAACAUGAAGAACAAGAUGAAGAACAGCAUGAAAGGCACCAAAGAAUUGAGAAUGACGGGGCUCGCAAACCCAUCGAGAAAGCCGAUUCAACAUAUUUUCUAACAUAUGAAGAAAAACAAAAUACCAAAAAAAAAGCACACCAGGAUUAUACAAAUUAUAUAGAAGAAAGAAGGUACCCUUAUUUUAAUUUUUUAAAAAAGAGAAAUGAGAAAAUUAUAAAAAAGUUACUAAUUGCAAAUAAUGGCAUGGCAGCACUAAAGUGCAUCUUGUCCUUAAAAGAAUGGCUAUUUAAAACAUUUUCUGAUGAAAAUUUAAUAAAAAUAAUAGUUCUAGCUACAAAAGAGGAUAUAUCAAGUAACGCAAAGUAUAUCUCAUUGGCAAAUAAAGUCAUAAAAGUACCUGGAGGAAAAAAUUGCAAUAACUAUGCUAAUGUACCACUAAUUGUUGAUAUAGCGAAAAAGGAAAAUGUAGAUGCUGUAUGGCCAGGGUGGGGACAUAGUUCUGAAAAUCCCUUAUUAUCCACCAUGCUGGAAAAAGAAAACAUAAUUUUUAUAGGACCUACUGGAGAAGUUAUGGAAGCUUUAGGAGAUAAGAUAUCAGCCAACAUUCUUGCUCAAAGUGUGAAUGUACCUGUUGUAAAAUGGAGUGGAGAUAGCAUUAAAAUAGAAAACUUUGAUAAUAAGAUUAGUGAGGAUAUAUAUAACAAAUCGACUAUACACUCUUUAGAUGCAUGUAUAAAGGAGUGCAAACGCAUUGGUUACCCUGUAAUGAUCAAAGCAUCACAAGGAGGAGGAGGAAAAGGUAUCAGGAAAGUAGAAAACGAAAACGAAAUCAAAAAAGCGUAUGAACAAGUUCAGAAAGAAUUACCCGAUUCACCAAUAUUUUUAAUGAAAGUAUGUGACAAUGUUAGACAUAUUGAAAUACAAGUUGUUGGUGAUAUGUACGGCAAUGUAUGUUCAUUAAGUGGAAGAGAUUGUACUACUCAAAGAAGAUUUCAAAAGAUUUUUGAAGAAGGACCCCCUUCGAUUGUACCUUCACAAAUUUUUAGAGAAAUGGAAAAAGCAUCUAUACGUUUGACAAAAAUGAUAAAAUAUAGAGGUGCAGGAACUAUUGAAUAUUUAUAUGAUCAAAAGAAACAGACAUACUUUUUUCUAGAGUUAAAUCCACGUUUACAAGUGGAACAUCCUGUAUCUGAAGGGAUAACGAAUACUAAUCUCAUUGCAAUUCAGAUGCAGGUGGCAAUGGGAAUACCCCUUCAAAAUAUAGAUGACAUAAGGAGGUUAUAUCACAUAGAAGAAAUAGGAAAGACAUCAAGUUUUAGUUCAUAUGAUAAAGUAACCAAUAAACCAGAGGAUACAUGUGAAUAUAGUACACCAAACGGAAGUUUUAGCAGUAGUGAAGGUACUUCCCAUUUGCAGAUGUCUAAACAAACCACAAGUAGUGAUAUCAAACUAAUAGAGAAGAAUAAAAAAUUAAAGGAGACAGAAACGAUAGAUAUGGAAAAUUUCGACUUUUAUAAUAAUAGGCCAUACACUAGUAACCACGUAAUCGCUGCAAGAAUUACAGCAGAAAAUAGUAAUGACAGUUUUAAACCAACUUCAGGAAAAGUAAAACGAAUACAUUUUCAAAAUUCUAACGUUGUAUGGGGUUACUUUUCAAUCAAUGAUGGAUCUGUUCAUGAAUUUUCUGAUUCACAAAUUGGUCAUAUUUUUGCAAAAGGGGAAACAAGAGAAAUAGCUAGGAAAAAUUUAAUACUAGCAUUGAGAAAAUUAAACAUAGAUGGAGAAAUUAAAACAGGUACAAAAUAUUUAGCGAAAAUAUUAGAAUGCAAACCUUUUAUUGAUAACAAUAUAACAACAAAUUGGUUAGAUACCAUUAUCGAAAAGAAGAAGAAUAUUUAUUAUAGUGCAAUACAUAUUAUUAUUUUAUGUGCCACAAUUUUUAAAAUGCUCAUACACUUUAUGAAAGAAAAAGAAGACGUUGAAAAUAAUUUAAGUAGAGAAGACAUAGGAAUUAAACCACAAGAAAGUGUAACAUCUGAUUCCAAAAAAAAUGUAAAAAAACCCAGCACUUUCGAAAUUGUAUUUGAAAAUGUGAAAUACAAUUUUAAGGCAUAUAAUACAGGUGAAAAUCUGUACACACUAAAAAUUAAUGGACAAGAAAUUGAAGUAUUAGCAGAAUAUGAUAAAGAAAAUAAUAAAAUUUUUGCAAGUUUUUAUAAUCAAACUUAUUUAUACACAUGUUCUGAAGAUACCUUAGGUAUCCAUAUGCAUCUAGAGAAAGACAACAUUUUUAUUCCUAAAAUUAGUAACCCAUUUCAUUUGAUAUCCAAUACUAAUGGAAAAAUUGUAAAAUAUUUAAUAAAAGAUGGACAUCAUGUAGAAAAAAAUGAAGAUUAUAUAGAAGUUGAGGCCAUGAAAAUGAUUAUGACUUUUAAGUCAACUGAAUCAGGGGUAUUGAGACAUAGGAUGUCUGAGGGUACUAUCGUCAAAGUAGGAGAUUUACUAGGUGUCAUAGAAAAACAGAGUGAACAGAAAAAUUCUACAGACGAAGAAGAACAAAAUAAAAUUACGCAGUUUACAGGUUAUUUGGAUUUAUCUAAUAAGUAUGCAUAUGAGUUGGACUAUACGGAACGGUCAUCUGAUGAGAUUCCAGGAGAUGUUCACUAUGAUAAUGGUGUUAUGAAUGGAAUACCAGACAGUAGUAGUACCGAUGUGGGUAGCAAUAAUAACACAUAUCAAAGUGCAUUCAACUGUGUAGGAAAAAGGAAUCGUGACACUGCUAUAAAUCACCACUAUAUACGAAAACAAAGGAAUGCAUUAAAUUAUUCGUUAAGUGGAGAUCAUGACUUGGGUGAAAGAAAUAUGGGGAAGGAUGUUAUGGAAAUUCUCCAACCCGAUGAUUCUUCCGUCUCAUGUAAGGAACAAGAUGAUGCAUCCUUCAGAGAAGGAAGUAGAAAGAGCAAGCUAUUUUUAAAACAAAGGAGAAGUAUAUUUCGCUUAUUUGCUAUGAAAAAUACAAAUGAUAAGAAGGAAAGCACAGCUGGAAGUUACUUGAACGACAAAUUUAAUUCAAUAAAAACGUACCUCUCCAGUUUUAGUUCUUCUUGUGCAAACUCGGUCGCCCUCACCAGUGCCAAGGCAGCGGUGGAACCGGAGAUGGAACCAGAGGUGGAAUCUGGGGUAGAAUCUGGGGUAGAAUCUGGAAUAAAAUUGGGGGCAGAAUCUGGAGUAGAAGUUGAGACAGACGUCGUGGGGGAAGUAGGGCCGAACACCGCGGUAGAAGCAGAUGUGAACACCUCGACAGAUGCAGACCUGAACACAAACAAAUCAUUUACAAAUACAGAACUCAGGGAAUGCACGACUGUGUCAUCCAACUCACAUACAGGCAAAGUUGAUUCGGUUAACGCCUUCUCUGGAAAUAAUUCAACUGCUCAUAAUUCGAUAAGUAGUGAAUAUACUCCCAACGAUGCAUCUCUGAACAUAGCCCAAGGGACCCCAUCCUUUGAUUACAUAUCUGAUAAGAAGGAAAAGAAUAAUGAUAACUUAUCGGUCGAAAUUCUAUCGACAAGUAAUAUAUCAAAUGAAAAGACGUCGAAGAAUGAUUCCCUGAGUUGGAAAGAUGUGAAUAAGAUUCCAUCGGAUGAAUCUGUUUACUUAGGUGGAAACAGUCCAGGGAUGAAUUCACGUAAGGGGAGAAUUCCCCAGAGUGAGGAUCCGAAAAGGACGCAAUUUCUGUUAGACAUUUCAAAUAUGAAAAGAAUUGAAUAUUUAUUAAAAGGAUAUGAACAGGAUUACGAAAAAUGUUUUAACGAUUUAGUGAAAGGGGAAGGUAAUCUGGAAUCUAAUAUGAUAUACAUAAUGGACAAAUUUAUAGAAUACAAUUCAUUAUUUGCCAAGAAAGAAAAUAUGACGCAGGUUGAAGUUUACGACAUUUUAUACACCAAUAUUACUGAUCAUAAAAAGCAAUACGAAAUUAUUCAUGCAUAUACAUAUAAUUACCUAAGUAUAAAAUUUAUGGAACUAAUUAUAAAAUAUUUGUUAGAUAAUAAGCUUAGUAGUCUGUCAAAUGUUAUUUUGGAUAAAUUAAAAAUAUUAAAACAUUUUAAGGCGAAAUCAUUUGGGAAUAUCAUUCUGUUAUCACGAUUCAUAGUAUAUGUUUCUGAACAUAUGCAAAUAAUUCACUGCCUAAAAGACAUUUUAAAUGAUGAGACCACAAUUAAGGAUGAAAAAAAGAAGGAAUUGUACAAUUGUUUAAAAAAUAGCAAUAUUAUUUGCUCCAAAUUGGAUGAAAUAUUCAGUAGUAAUUAUACUUCUUCCAAUUAUAACAGAAUCUGUGAACGGAUAGUAAACAUCUUUUUAGGGGAUUCCCAUAAAAUCCAUAUGUUCCUUCCAUCUUUGUUUACACCAAAAAAUAAAAUUUUUUUUUUAGAAAUAUAUGCACGUAAUUUGUAUACAAAUUUUAACGUCAAGGUGCUAGGAGUGUCUGAAGAUUGUGUGAAAUUUUGUAUAAACAACUCUAGGGAUGACAAUCUGCUAAUUUUAAAUGAAAAUAGCAAGGUAGACGUAGAAGGAUUAAUAAGAAAAGAAGGAAUUAACUUAAUGGAUUCAAAUAUAAAUACCAUUCAUAUUAUAAACAAGAAUGAGAAUCUCCUGAACAAUGUUGAAAAUGGUUUACUUCAUAUAAAAAAUAUAUGCAAGAAACUUUACGUGUACAAUUACUUUGGAGAUAAAUAUGGAGAUACACACCAGUGGCCUGAUGAACAAACUGUUGGAAAAAAAAAUGAGAAUAAAAACGAAAAUGAUAUUAGGACAAACCUGCUUCCAUACGAAAGAUACAUCUUUUCCUUUGAAAAGAAUUUACAAAAUUAUGAACUAAAAAAUGUAGAUGAAAAAAUAUUUAAAAAGACCAAGGUAGUCCUUGGAAUUUAUAAAAAGAAUAACAAAAUCACUUCUUUGUUUGCAGAAAGAGUGAUAGAUGUAAAUGAUUUGAAAAAAUGCACGGAAAUGGAACGAAGGGAUGAUUAUUCCCUCAAACUGAGUGAUGUAGAGGAGGCGGAUAAGGAACCAUGUUUGAUGGAACAGGAUCAGCGAAUAUACGACUUAAUGACAGAAGAGUUAAAAGAAGCAGUAAAUGAUAUAGCAAUAGCUCGAAUGAACCCAAAAGUGCAAGACCCCAAGGUAAGUAGCUAUAUAACGUAUCACCUAUUCCUAGAUGAGAUUAAUAAAUUGAGUGAAUUAAGAACAGUUGAAAAAUUAUUUAAAAAUUUCCUCAAUAAGUACAACGAAUUAUUGUUAGAAAAUUAUGUAAACGAUGUGUACAUUUGUAUAUAUAAAAAAGGAGAAGAACAUGUAAAAAAAAACUUCAACUUAGUGCCAAAGAAGGUACUAAAAUUACAUGUACUUUUUAAUAAUGAAAAAAAUGUAAUCGAACAGAUCGAUUAUGUACAACCAUUUGAUGUCGACACAUUGUAUUUAAAAAGGAAAAGAGCAAGAGAUAUAGACACUAUAUAUGCAUACGAUUUUGUUAAAAUAAUAGAGAUAUCUCUAAACAGAAUGUAUAGUCACAAUCCAAAUGAUCAUUUCAACCAUAUUAAUAGCAUUAAAGAGUUUAAGUUAGAUUUCGACAUUCUACAAAAUCAGAAAAGCCGGGUCACAGGAGAUUCGUUAAUGGAUGUAAAGAACAGUAGUCUAGAACGGGGUGUGCAACAAAGAGCCUUCUCAGCAUUCGAGACACAGAAUCACAGUGUUCAUUGUAGUGAUAACUAUAUCAACAGGUGCGAAAGACAUGAGCAACUGUUCGAGAGGCACGACAACCUAAGCGAAGAGGAAAUCAGGAUAAGAAAAUCUCUCUACCUUUCUGACAAGAUUGACCUGGGUAGAAACAAAAUGAGUGUUAUUGGUAUACUGAUAAAUGUAAGAACAGACGAAUACAAAGAAGGAAGAGAUGUGGUAUUCAUAAUAAAUGACAUAACGACGUAUGGUGGUUCGUUCAGUGUUGUGGAAGAUCAAUUAUUUUAUGCCAUAUCAAGCUAUGCAAGGGAAAAGAAAAUACCACGUAUUUAUAUAUCCUGUAACUCAGGUGCAAGAAUAGGGUUGUAUAAUUUCUUAAUGGAUAAAAUUCAAGUGUGUUGGAAAGAUGAAAAAAAAAAAGAACUAGGAUAUAAGUAUAUUUAUAUAACAGAAGAUGUUAAGAAUGAAAUAGCAAAAGAGGAUAUUAUAUUUUUAAAAGAAGUAAUCGAGAAUAAUGAAAAAAGAUAUAUAAUCGAUGGUAUAGUAGGUAAUUUAAACAAUCACAUUGGAGUAGAAAAUUUAAGGGGUAGUGGAUUAAUAGCUGGGGAAACAUGUAAAGCAUAUGAUGAAAUAUUUACAUUAUCUUAUGUUACAGGUAGAAGUGUUGGGAUUGGUGCUUAUUUAGUUAGACUUGGAAAAAGAACUAUUCAGAAAAAAGGUUCAUCUAUUUUAUUAACAGGUUUUAAUGCCUUGAAUAAAAUAUUGGGUGAGAAGGUCUAUAUUAGCAAUGAACAACUAGGUGGGGUAAAGAUUAUGAUGAGAAAUGGCAUAUCACAACUCGAAGCUGAAAAUGAUCAAGAUGGAGUUGAUAAAAUUUUCAAAUGGCUAUCCUAUGUACCGAAAACAAGUCUCGAUUAUUAUGAUGUUAUUGAGAAGAUGAAGGAGGGUUCAAAUAAUUAUACUAAUGCUGAGCAUGUGAACAAAUUGGGAGAAAGAUUUAACAAGGAUAAGGAGAAAAAGAGUGAACUGGAAGUUUCCAAACAUGUUUCCAAACAUGUUGCCAAACAUGUUACCAAAACAGAUGUACCAAGUUCACAUUCAACAGUAGAUCAGAUAAAGGAAGAAAAUUCAAGUUGCUACAAAAAAGGGACAUAUGAAAAUGGAAACUCAAAAAUAUACAUUGAAAGAAUUAAUGACAUAGACAUUGACAAUACAGAAAAUAUAGAUGUAGCCGAUUUGAUAAGAGGUACGGAGGAAAAACAAGGUUUUCUAGAUAAAAACAGCUACUUUGAAUACAUGAAUGAAUGGGGAAAGGGAAUCAUAACGGGAAGAGGAAAAUUGGGUUCUAUCCCCGUGGGAAUUAUUGCUGUUAAUAGAAAUUUAGUAACUCAAGUUGUUCCAUGUGAUCCAGUAUUAAAAACGAAAGCAGUAAAAUCAACACAUGCACCCUGUGUAUUUUUCCCUGAUAAUUCAUAUAAAACUGCCCAAUCGAUUGAAGAUUUUAACAAAGAAAAUUUACCUUUAUUUAUUUUUGCAAAUUGGAGAGGAUUUUCAGGAGGUACAAUGGAUAUGUUUAAUAGUAUUUUAAAAUUUGGAUCAAUGAUAGUUAAACAAUUAGUUAAUUAUAAGCAUCCCGUUUUUGUAUACAUCCCAAUAUUAGGAGAGUUAAGAGGUGGAUCAUGGGUAGUUGUAGAUGAAACUUUAAAUAGCCAGAUAAUCGAAAUGUAUGCAGAUACAAAUAGUAAAGGUGGAAUUUUAGAACCACCUGGAAUCGUUGAGGUGAAAUUUAGACUUCCAGAAAUUAAAAAGUUAAUGCACGCAAUUGAUAGCUCUAUAAUAUCUCUGAAGCAGAGGCUAGCGAAUACUCGGAAUGAAGAAAUAUCUAGAAUAAAAAAAGAAAUAGAGGACAAGGAAAAAGAGUUGUUACCGUUUUAUUUACAAGUAUGCCACAGAUAUGCUGAUUUACACGAUGUAUCCAAAUGUAUGAAAUCGAAGGGAGUGAUUAGAAAAAUUAUCCCCUGGGAAAAAGCACGUUCCUUCUUUUACUAUCGUUUACUGAGACGGUUGCUAAUGAGUACUCUGAGUAAAACCUAUGGUAGUACGUUGACCCAAAGUGAAGAAUUCAAGAAGCUUGUUAGUGACAUCACAUUGGAAGAUGAAGAUGAAGAUGACUAUGAAGUAUGCAAAAAAAUUUUAAAUGAAAGCACUUUGAAGUGCAUAAAAAAAAUAUGCGAAGACUUAAAUUCUAAGAAAGCCUUAGAUGAAAUUUACAACGCCAUUCAAAAAUUACCUCUACAACAGAAAAGGGAACUUUUUAACAAAAUAAGUUCUCAAAAUUAA